GGUAUCUGUUAUUGUUUGAUUUGUUUGUCUAUUUGUUUAUUUGUUUGACUGUUUGUUUAUGUAGGUAUCUGUGUUCAAUGUUUGUCUGUUUUUCAUCUGUCUGUCUAUAGUUUUGUCUCUUUGUCUCAUUUGGUUUAGUCGUGUUUGUCUGUCUGUUUUUUGGUUUGUUUGUUUGUCUGUUUGUUUCUAUGUUUGUUUGUUUGUUGGUUUAUCUAGGUGCCUGUGUGUUCAAUGUUUGUCUGUCUUUUUAUCUGUCUGUCUAUCGCCUUGUCUUUGUAUCUAUAGUUUUGUUUAUUUGUGUUUAUCCUUUUGUUUUUUUGUCUGUCUGUUUCUUUCUGUAUUUUUCUGUUUGUCUUUUUGGUUUGUUUGUUUAUUUAGGUGUCUGUGUGUUCAACGUUUGUCUGUUUUUUCUUUCAUUUGUCUGUAUGUCUAUCAUAUUGUCUGUGUGUUUGUUAAUUUGUUUAUUUGUCUUUUUGUAUUUUAUUAAACUUUAGUUUUAGAAUACAUGCUGGUUAUGCUAGGUCAUUACGUGUACAUUGAGACGUCAGGAGCAACCAAUGUACAAGCUGUACUUGCAAGUUAUGCUGUGACCAACUCCAAUGAAACGACCUGUAAAUUGUCAAUGGCUUAUCACAUGUACGGCUCACAAAUUGGUACAUUGGAAGUGAUUGCUCACACUACGUACGGAAACUCUCCAGUAUGGAGCCGUUUUGGCAACCAGGGGAGGUGGUGGUUAACCACUACUGUUGACUUUGGAAGCAUAAAUGGCUCGUUUGAAAUUUAUGUAAGGGCUUCACAUUCCUUUGGCUUUAGAGGAGGCAUUGCUUUGGAUGAUCUUUCACUGACUAAUUGUUCUCCAGAUGUAACACCAACAUCGUCCUCAGUCUCUUGUUACGUUUGUUCUCAAAGCAAUAAAGAAAACUGUGAAAUCCAUCAGACUGUUCAAAAAUGUGAUGUUGGAGAGAUAUGUCGUCAGGUAGUACACAGGAUUCCACUAUUUGGAGGAGUGGUGUAG